UUACCAUUCUUCUCUUGUAGACAUAUACUCACGUAGUUCACCAGAUUUGAAGCAGAAAGUUUUCUGUUUUACUUAUGUCUGAUAAACUAUUGUAUGAUCUCUGUUCUCAAUUUCAGAUGCCGUUUGUUAACCCUGACCCUUCAGACAAAGAUUCUGAGCCAUUUGUCGAGACAGAUCCAACUGGUCGCUAUGGUAGAUACAGUGAGUUGCUUGGUUGUGGUGCUGUGAAAAAAGUGUACCGUGCAUUUGAUCAGGAAGAAGGAAUAGAGGUGGCUUGGAACCAAGUGAAGCUGAGGAAUUUCUGUGAUGAUCCUACCAUGGUGGAUAGGCUUUACUCUGAAGUGAGGUUGCUCAGAAGCUUGACCGACAAAAACAUCAUCGCACUUUACAGUGUCUGGAGGGAUGACCAGCGUAACACUCUGAAUUUCAUCACUGAGGUUUGUACCAGUGGUGAUUUGAGGGAGUAUAGGAAGAGGCACAGGCAUGUUUCCAUGAAGGCCCUCAAGAAGUGGUCUAAGCAGAUUUUGAAAGGGCUGAAUUAUCUGCACUUGCAUGAUCCCUGCAUCAUUCACAGAGAUCUCAACUGUAGCAAUGUGUUUGUCAAUGGAAAUACUGGCCAGGUUAAGAUUGGUGACUUGGGUUUGGCAGCAAUUGUGGGUAGGAGCCAUUGUGCUCACACGAUUCUUGGGACACCAGAAUUCAUGGCUCCAGAGUUAUAUGAUGAAGACUACACUGAGUUGGUGGACAUUUAUUCAUUUGGGAUGUGUUUGCUGGAAAUGGUGACGCUGGAGAUUCCUUACAGUGAAUGUGACAAUGUUGCAAAGAUAUACAAGAAGGUGUGUUCUGGAGUUAGACCUGCAGCCCUGAACAAGGUGAAAGAUCCAGAGGUGAAGGCCUUCAUUGAGAAGUGCCUUGCUCAGCCAAGAGCAAGACCUUCUGCAGCUGACCUUCUCAAAGAUCCCUUCUUUGAUGAGAUUGUUGAUGAUGACGAAAAUGAUGACUGUUCUUCUUCUCACCAGUAAAAUUGUCCUCAGUCCUUACAUUGAGAAAAAUAUGUUGAUUUGAUCUAGUGGUUUAGGGUUUUUUAAUUUGAUUCACCUACCUAUGUAGUUUGCAUAUCAAUUUGGGGCAGGUUAGAGACUGAUUUUUUUCCAAUUUGGAAGCUGUGAAAUUGGACAAGGGUUGGGUUUGGGUGUAGCCAGGGGAGGGUUUGAUUGGGGAUGGUGUCAUUUUGUACAUAGGAAAAUUUACAGUUGUGCAGCAUAUACUGAAUGAUCAUUUGAUUUGAUUUGACAAUAAAUGCUAUUCAAAAUUAAAACAGUGCAGGUUUAUAAAGAAAAAUGUGUUUUGAAAAGGUGCGUCGUCUCAUUUUGAACAAAGGAAUUUAACAAUUCAAAAACUACUUUUAGUAUAUAUUAUAUAUUUAAGUCUUCAUCCAUGAAAACAAAAGAAGAAAACAAUUUGUACUUCUUAUUGUUCAAAAUGUUUAUGCAAUCAUUUUAUACAAGUUUAUUCAAGUAAACUCCAAAUUUACUAGCCUGAGGUUUGAAGUAAUAAAACUUGGUAAUCUGUUUGAAUAUCAUGAUAGUAGUAGCACUUGAGUAUUUGUGAUAUAUUCCUUUCAUUGUCACCUUCAAUCAGGGAAAUGAGAUCUUGAAGCAAUCAAAAGAAGGUGAAAAGGGUUUUAUGAAUUGUUUUGAGGGCACAGAAAAAAGUGAAGUCAAGGGUUUGAACGCAAUUUGAGCAGCAAGAAAUGUGGUUGGAUAUAACAACUACCACAAGCAGAAUGGGUUGUUCAUAUUAAAAAAUAGGAACAAAGGUAAGCUUAAUGAUGAAGAGGAGUGGUGUGAACAAAAGGCUAUUUAGAUAGAAAAACAUGUCUCGUCCAACCCCACCAUUUUUUGUUCGGGAAUUAUUCUAGUGACCCGUUGGCUGUACCACAUCUUUUUUCUUCUUAAAGCAAAUCCAGAUUUUGACAUUGACUUUUCUA